AUGUUACCCAGUGUCAACAUGGAUAAUUUUACGGCGAUGAACACUACUUUAUUUCCAUAUUCACAACUAGCUCCCGUAAACAGCCCGUGCUCAUCAUCACCGUGCAAUGGUGAAAAAUGUAUCAAUAUUUUUGCUGCCUCAACGUAUUAUUGUGUGUGUCAUAAUGGCGCUUAUUCUCGCAAUUGUGAACGUUCUUGGUGUGAACGUGAUGAUACAAUGGAGACGUGUGUAGGAGGAUAUCCUCCGUCUGAAAUACCCAAAGUCUUCGAAGGCUGUCAAACGUUUGAAGAUAACUCUGCGCUAAAGUUUAUAUGUAUUUGCCGGAGGCCAAAAUUAGCUAAUAGAACUGUUGGACAGUUAUGGUAUGGCUCAAGUUGUGUAGGAACAAUAUUCGAAACUCCAUGUGCAACGGCAAAUGGUGAAGAAAAAUUUCCAUUGGGCCACACUGAUAAAGGAUAUAUUCAAUGUACGGCGAACAAGACACUCUAUUCAAUUGAAUCAUGCACGAUUAAUUAUGUUUGGAAUCAUAAGGCAAAGGGUUGUGUAAGGAGUAAAGAAAAUCAACAUAAAAAUGAUCAGGAUAAAUUGCGUAACCCGACCGUGGACGUUUGA